GGCAUGUAACAAUAUAGACAAGUUGAUGAAACGAUAAUUUACCAUUCAAAGGCUAAUUAUUUAAUAGAAUAAGUUGGUCUUUUUAACAUGAAAAUGAAAAGAGAAGGAGGAGUUAUAAUCAGUGUCUAUGUUGAAUCUUCAUCAACCAAAGAUUAUUCACAACAUGGAUCUAAUCCCUUCAAGAAAAAGAUUCAUCCAAAUCCAUUUUCAAGAAAGAGAGGCUAUGAUCGUCGAGCACAACUGCUAGCCUAUGCAAAUGAGUUAAGGCAUGGCAAUUAUCAACAAAUAUCAUGGAAGUCUCACAAUUCAUCAAACCAAAAACACAAGAAAUGGAGAUGGACGAGAAGGAUUAGAUCGUCAUUUUCCCGUUUGUUUCGUAGAAACGAUAAGCAAUGGAGGUAUGAACACAUUGGAAGACAGGGCUGCAAAGGAGAAAAAAGGAAAGCUCAUUUUUGUAAUAGAUUGAAGUGCUUCUUUAAGGACAUCUUAGGUGCCUGGCAAUUCACUAAGCAAUCGUGACUAUCAAGUUGUUAAACGGAUAAUUAAGCCUUGAAGCUUCCUAUGAUUGUUUCGUUUAAUUGAAUUUUUGAAGUUUCUUAUAUAGAAGUAAAUUUGAUUUUCCUGUUGUGCAGUGAAUUUCAAAUUCAUUUUCAGUUAUCAUUGUGAAAACAGAAGAUAGCUAAAUGCUUGUGAAUUAUGAUCCACAAAUGGCUAGUUUUGUUAUCAGA